AUGAUUUCUGAAAAGUCAGGCCUUGUAGUGCCUGUUGUCCUAUGGGGGCCUAAACCCCCUCGAAGCCGAAUCAAACAAAUUUCAUCAAUACGAAAUGGCAAAAUAAUUUUGACGGGAAGUGAAGAUGGAAUUGUAAUGCAAUGGAUGGUAGACGAAUCACUUGGAUGGAUCCAACCUCAAAUGGUUAUGUUGGCCCACAAAACUUGCAUAAGUUGUAUAUCUCCUAAUUCGACUUCUGUUUCUGCAUCGAAGUUCAUCUCAUGUUCAGAAGAUGGGCAUAUUUGUCUUUGGGAUUCUGCUGAUGGACGGAUAAUUGAUAGUAUGAGAACGAAUUAUGUUCACAGAAAAGUGAAACCAUACGCCUGCAAAAAUCUCCACGAAGUUCUUUUUUGUGUUGGGGACUAUACCGAUGUUGUUGCAAUUCAUCCACAUGAUUUAAAUGUUCUUUAUACCCUCAAUUCGCGUGCUGAGCCAGAUUGGCUGAAUUCCAUCACUUUGGUUAAACCAAACGACAAGAUUGACGUUCUAAUUGGUGUAUCUUUAUCUGGCGUUGCCAAACUUUGGUCCUUAAAUGAAUUAAAUAUGAAGGAUAACACAACAAAUAUUCUGUUCGAAGAAGAAUCGAAAUUUAUAGCACCUAGGAAUGUACAUAGUAUAACUUGUUCGGAAAAGAAUGUUAGAAUGAUGUUGGUUGUUUGUGCUAAUUCUUGGCAGGUUAUUGAUCCAAGCACCCUCGGCCAAUUAGUUGUCUCUGAAUGUGCUAUUGAAGCCCUUGAAGGAAUGAUUGUAGAUAUUGACAAAGUUGCUAUUGGAUUUGCUGAUUCAACAAUUGUUUUGUUUCAGUUACCUAGAAGUAAAUUGGUUGGUCGGCAAAUUCGUGAACGUUUUGGCGAGAAACCUUCAAACAUUGCCGGAAUUGAACAACCCUUUGUUUUUGCUCUCUUAAAAAGUGUUGCUUCUCCAAAUUUACAGCCUCUUUUAAACCCGGUUAAAUUUUUCUUUGAUUCAAAACUUUCUUCUGAUAAAACUCAUCGACAAAUUACAUAUCGGUUGGAUGAACAAAGCUCUUCUAUCAGUUUUUGGCAUGUACCUAAAAAUUUGGAAUUGUUGGUUAGCGAGUUUGUGAGAACGCGACGUCCAAUAGUUUAUGAACCAACCAUUAGACAAUGUCUUUCUGACGCUUGGAGUCGACUUUCCCCAACCCCUCCAGCAAUUGUUAAUUUUGAGUCUGGAUCCACCAUCCAAGCUACUAUUUAUGUAUCUACACAAGAUAAAUUGUUUCUUGGAAGAAGUGACGGUUCAAUAAUGACAAUGAGUGCUUGUCAAGUAAUAAUGGUUGCAUUAUUGGAUGGUUACAAUAACGAAUCCACUCAAUUCAAAAUACUCCCAAACGGUCAUUCUAGUUCUGUGACUUGUUUUCUUUAUCCUUUUGCUGAAAGCAAUAGAUAUGAUCCAAAUUUAUUACUUUCUGGUAGUGCUGAUUUUUCUGUUAUUGUUUGGAAUGUAGCAAAUGAUGAGAGGCUUCAUCGUUUUUCUUCACAAGGAGGAACUAUUACUCAAUUGCUUGUUCCGCCAGUUAAUUGCAAUACUAAACUACUCGAUUGUGUAUGUUGCAUUGCUUCAGACAACUCUGCCUGUUUUGUUAGCUUAAAAAAGCUUCGAUGUGUUCUUCUUGCUAGCAGACAACAAUUUCCUAUUGUUGAUAUUCGUUGGCGUCCUUUGAGUGAUCAAAUUUUGUUAAAAUGUGAAGAUGAUUCUGUUUAUGUUUGGAAUAUUGAAACAGGUGUACUUGAUCAAGUAAUAACUGGAUUAGCUUCUGAUGAGAUUUUGAUGAACUCUUCUACUGAUGAACAGCUUGGUUUCGGAUCAGAAGACGAAAAUUCUUUUGGCACUGCUUCACAAACAGCCGUUCAAAUGUUGAGGGCAUUAAAACAAAAGGAUAUGGCAGCGGUAAAAAUCAAACGAAAUUUUCUUCCUCCUCCACCAUCAUCGGUUUGUAUUACUUCUUCCUCUUCUUUUCGACGGGAUUCUUCAGCUAAUUCUUCUAAUAAUUUGUGUUGUUCUCCACCUUUUCGAGAACCUGAUGACGAGGAAGAGAUGAAAAAAAUAAUUGCUGGACAACAUGGAACAGACAAAGAAAAUGAAGAUGAUUCAUCUACUAUUAAUAAUAAUACUACAAAUUUACACCUCAUAUCUCCUCCCUUAGAAAUUGUACAAAUGUCUACAUGUUCAGAUACAACACAUUUAAUUUUAUUUGAUGUUAAUGCAUUAAUAAAUGGCCUUCUUAUACUCGAUUCAUGUGAUGAUGAAAGAGAAAAUUUUGAAAAAGAAAGAAUUAGCAUAAUAGAUACAAUAACAAAUUAUAAUUGUGAUUCAAAACAUCAAAAUGGGUUAUCAAAUCCAAAUUAUUUAUCAUUAAAAGAAUUGGCAACCAAUAAUAAUUUAAAUUUGAAACAACAAAAUGGUGGAAUUUCUUCCAGUAAAAAUAAUAAUAUUUUAUUACAACAACAACCUUCACUUUAUUUGGAUACUGCAAAACUUUUAAUUUCACUUUUACAUGCUUGGGAUAAUGAUGAAUCUGUUGAUGAUAUUGCAAUAAAUAGUUUAAAAUUAUCUAAACCAAAAAUACCUCUAUGUUUUGGUACAAUUUCUAAAGGUUUGCAGAAAAUAUUUUUUAAAGCUUUUUUUUCAAUUUACUCUUGA